AUGCCUCAAAAAAGAAGGAAUAGUGUGAAAACAACGGUGGAAAAGUUCAUACGGAGUGUAAAUGUUGCACCUGACUGCCAAGUUGAGGCCUACUUGUUGAAUGCUGAUCGUGAACUGAUAGAGAAGUUGGGGCAUGAUGUCCGUAUAGUAGAAAUUAAUGGGGAUAUCGUGACCGAUAGUGGUGAACUUCGUGAAUACUUGCUUUCUCACGAUGGCAAUACAGAAGUUAAUGUGGUAUAUGAACAUAUAGAUGAACCCUCAGACUGUGUGAAUAUUGCAAACAGUGUGAAUUAUGAUGGUAAACCUAGUAUGAUUGCCCCACAACCAUCCUCUGAUGUUGUUGUGGGAAAUAUUAUGGAAGAAGAACCGUUGCCAAUUCGACGACACCGAUCACCUCAUCAAACCCCUAUGUUUCAGAGAUCUCCUGUUUUGUCGUCGCAUUUGAGUGUAGGGGCCAGUCCUGGACAGGAAACCGCAAAAUCGUAUGGUGAUGAUGAAACUAUAUCAGUAGCUUCAUCCAGUGAAUUUUUAUCAAAUGUAGCUGACCGUGGAUUACAAGAGACUGGAACGGAUGCACGUUAUUUACCCAAGGGAACUACACCACCUUUGCUAGAGUUUGAAAAGAUACCUACCCCUAUACAGACGGAUGACAUAUUUCGUUCUAGUGGAGCACGACUAUCGGAACCCUCUUGUAAUAGCACACUACGGCAACGUUUUAUGCGUGCUAUAGAUUCUGUCGCUGUUGGUGCAUGUAUUAUUUGCGUCUGCCAAGAUGUAAAUCCAAUUGCUGAGAUUGAAUUGAUUGCUAUGACAAUGCAAGCUCCAUUGGUGACUAUAAAUCUUGGUGUUAAACUGCGCCAAAGACCAAAACCAGAGGUUUUUGCCGAAAAGUUUAAGUCUGCCAUGCAUGGAGGGGUUUGGUUUGUCGUCUUGAAUGCACAUAAGUCUAUUGGUACUUGUCGUGUGCUUGAAGAACUUUUAAAGGAUGCUGAAUCUCGUAAUUAUGAAGGGUUUAACCCUGCUUCAAGAAUUAUUAUCUGUUUGGAACCACAUCCACAUUUUCCACGUUUUCUUAUAAAAAGAGCAGAGGUAUUAAAGGUACAAUGUGCGAUAUCAUCAUUAUCAUCAGCAUCACAGUCAUCAUUUUCCCUUGCAACGUCAGUCUCUCGGAAUCGACUUGUAACGGCGGAAUCGUGGUGUUCACGGCGGAGUUCUAAUCUUAGCAUGGGUGGAUUUUCUUCUUUAAGUGCUGGUGGUGGAACCCCUAUUGCUGGCGAUAAGAAACGUAAGGUACGCAUUAAUGCCACUGUGGAUGUAGUAGACAUUGCCCCACGUGAGGUUGUUGCCCCUCCGCGUGAGCGAUCUUUUCAUGUCAGUGGUAGUGUCGCACUUCGAACUGCCUUUGCUGGUAUAGCUGGUGAUAAAUUUCUUUGUGUGGCCUCUGCUGGUGAAAAGGGACGAUUUGCCGUGGGAUCAUCCAUGGGAAAUGUUUACUUUGUGGAUGAACUUGGAAAUUCCCUCAUGCAAGCCCAUGCCCAUGAUACCUCUAUAUGGGAUCUCAGCUUUAGUGAUAAGUUCCACUUUGCCACCGGCUGCGAGGAUGGCAGUUGUAUUGAGUGGUCCUUUGACUCUGGCGGCACAGAUAGUGCCGUUCUUGUUCCAACCACAUUAACAUCACUCGGUAGUGAUGCCUACAGUGUUACUUAUGUGUAUGGCUCUAAACCAUCUCCGCUGCUUAUUGGUGGAUUAAGUCACACACUCUUACUGAGAUCCACAGAUGGAACGGCGAAUAAUAUAGAAAUCUCAUCUAAUGCACAAGUAAUGGAUACAUUCCCAAGUGGUCCAGUGGUGCUUGUGGGGGGAAGUGAUGGUUCUGUAACGGCCAUUGAUACAAUGACAGCGACAGCUCUAACAAGAUUUAAGGAACAUGCAAGGAAAUUACCAGCACUUACAAUACGCAAUAAUAACCACUUCUUCACAGGCUCUUUUGACAGUAAGAUUCUUUCUUGGGAUUAUCGAGCCCCACAGCAGAUAACAGGGGAAGUAAACGUUGGUAAUACACCCACAGCAUCACCUAUGCAUACACUUAAACUGAAAAACUACGUUACUGGGCUUCACGUGGAUGAUGUUCAUUUGGCAGCAAGUGUUGGUGAGAACUUAUAUUUGUGGGAUGUACGCAAACUAAGUGAGGUACUGGGCGGUUAUCCACAAGCCUGGAAAGGACUCACACGCGGCUUACAAGUAAGCAGUGCUGCUCAAUGCGUAGUGACCGCCUCGCAGGAUGGCCAUGUACGUUUCUGGAGUUUUGUGUAG